AUGAUUCAUUUCAAGGAUAAUAAGAAUAAGUCAGCGCUAAGUACAAGAUGGGCUCAAAUGACGAAACAGGAACAAAUAAUCGAGAAGAAGAAAAUGGAGAUCCAAGCCAAACUUGAGGCUCAAAAGCAAGCAGCAGCUUUGGCGGCUCAAGCUAAACUUACUAAUACUUGCACCAAAGAUGAUAAGGGAACUGCUAACAUUUUCUCAAACGAUGGUAGUUUCAUGAGUCAAUUCAAGGCAUUACUGGAAAAACAAAAACAGGACAAAGAAGAAAAAGAGGAGAAAGAAAAACAAAAGACCCUUGAAGAGGAAAGAGUUAAAAAUGAAGCACAAAGACAGGAAAUGCAUGAUAAUGACGUGGAGAGUGAUAGGGAACACUCUGGAGAUUAUCAUGAGAGAGAUCUUCUUGACAAGAGAACUGGAGAUCGAUCUAGGGAAAGACACCGUAGAUGGAGUGAUAGAGGUCGCAACCGUACACACAGCCCAAUGACUCCAGUUGUAGAAGACAGAAAGAAACUCUCAGACAAACAGAUCCCUUCCCUCAUGCAAAUCCCUGUUAGGCCUCCUGAGGAUCAAUCUCCUGGUCCUAUGGGUCCUGGUCCAAUGGGUUCUGGCCCUAUGAGGCCAAUGGGUCCUAGGACUAUGGUUCCUGGACAUAGCAUAGGUCCGGGUUCAAAUAUGGGCCCUAGAUCAAACAUGGGACCUGCACCUGGUAUGGGGCCUGGUCCUAAUAUGGGUCCGGGAGGGCCAAUUAUGAAUAUGCCCCCUGGUGGGCCAAUGCCUCCUAGAGGUCCAAUGCCUCCAUUCAUGGCUGGUCCGCCUAAUUUUCCUAUGCCACCGAAUUUUAUGGGCCCUAAUGGCCCUGGUGCUAUGCCACCUAAUAUGUGUGGUCCUAAUAUGCCCCCAGGACCGAAUGGUCCUCCUAUGCCUCCGUUUUUCGGCCCUCCGUUUCCUAUGGGUCCUAAUGGUCCAAUGGGUCCCAAUGGUCCAAUGGGUCCGAAUGGUCCAAUGGGUCCCAAUGGUCCAAUGGGCCCUCAUGGUCCAAUGGGUCCUAAUGGUCCAAUGGGUCCGAUGGUUCACAACGGCCCAAUGGGUCCUAACGUACCUAUGCGCCCUAACGGUCCCAUGGGACAUACUGGUCCUAACUCAAUGAUGCCACCAAAUCCCAACGGUAAUAUGCCGUUUAUGGGACCACGUCCUCCUUUCGGACCAAAUGGGCCUAAUUUCGGUAAUGGGAACGGUCCUAACAUGCCUUUCAUGCCUCCGAACUCAAUGCCACCUAAUACAAUGUCUCUUCAUACAAUUCCUGAGCCAAAACCCUUGGACGCUCCUUCGAUUCCUCCACCGGAGCCAAUGAAGCUGCAGAACAUUCCGCCGCCCAUGCCUCUGCCUCUGAACCACAUCCCGAAACCGAAAGACCUCGAUCCGGGCAAUAUACCAGCACCACCAAUCGUGACUCAAGUUCUCUCUCCAGAUGCGUUCCCGCCAUCGGUGCACCGCGCGGCCUCCGAGGUGGCCACCAACGGGGACCACUGGGAAAAUGUCCUGAAAGCAAUACACUCACAAGACCAAAAUUUGUGGUUUCUUCACAACCCGAAUAGCGCGGAAUAUAAGGCGUUCAGGAACUUAGUAAAGAUUAUGAAGGAUGAAAAGAAGCCAGAAGUGAGACCCGAGGAUAAGUAUGAACCGGAGUUCUGUAUGGAUGAUGACAGCAAUGACAGCAAGUCAGGAGUCAGGGAAGAAAGUAAGGACGGCUAUACAGAAUCUCAGUACCCAUGGAGCCAAGUAAAGAGGGAGCAUACGAGUUCCCAAAGUGACGAGGAGCCAGAGGCAAGAAGGGAAAGGCGUAAAAGGAAGAAAUCUCGAUGGAGUGAUGAACCGCCAUCAGCCGAUAUUAAGCCGCCGGGUGUUGUAGUGCCUAUGCCGGGCACUCUUGUUCCAACGGGUACAAAACUUGCAAAAAUUGACGAGGAAGGAAUAAAACUGACUACGAUGAACCGAACCAACCAAGCGUUAAUGCAAUACGCUCUUACAAACUAUGGUACAACAAAUUUGAGUGUUGAGGAUUGGAAGAAGUGCGAAGAUAACUUUAAACUUAAUCUGUUGUAUCAGGAUAUGCUAAAGAAAAGGCAGGAGGUGGAGCGACUGGCGGCAGCCGGUAAGCACAAAUACGAGUAUGACAGCGACGAAGAUACUGCGGACGGCACUUGGGAACAUAGGCUUCGUGCAAAAGAAAUGUUUGCAACACAGAAAUGGGCAGAUGAGUUGACGAAACAAGCUGCUGGCAAACACCAUAUAGGUGAUUUCUUGCCUCCGGAAGAACUGAAAAAAUUCAUGGAAAAGUACUCGGCGGUGAAAAGUGGCAAGGAGCCAGACCUCAGUGAUUACAAAGAAUUCAAACUUAAAGAGGACAAUGUUGGCUUCAAGAUGCUGCAAAAACUUGGGUGGAACGAGGGACAAGGCCUCGGCGCUGAGGGCACUGGGAUUGUCGAACCUAUUAACAAAGCAAACCAACCAGUGGCAAAUAUGGGCCUAGGCGCUUCUGCAUCCGAUAUCGUGUCCCCGGAAGACGACGAGUUCGACGCGUACAGGAAGCGAAUGAUGCUCGCUUAUAGAUUUAGACCUAAUCCAUUGAAUAAUCCUCGAAGACCAUACUAUUGAGAAGAUCAUAACAGCUGCAGUGAAAGCUUAGGGAUCAUGACCAAAGUUCGCUUAUUAUUAUAAAAAAUGCUUGGCAGCCAAAUUCCAAUGAAAUUAUGAUAUAUACUUUAUUCACUGCCUGUAUACGUCGCUGUAUUGUAUAUAACACGCAUGAGGUCACCAAUCAAAUAAUAAUCAACAGGACAUCUUUUUAGAACCUGCCAUUAUCUUUCUAAAGGAUUAUCCGGCCGUAAAACUUCUAAAGGUGGAACUGCUCUGGGCAAGAUGACAAACAGUAUUGUGCGUCAAAAUUGCAUAUGCGUGCAGUGUCCCAAUUAAUAAAGCCACUAUAGCGUUGUUAAGACCCCCAUAUACUUACGAUUCCUCGUUUUGACCGAGAUAGUCACGAUAAUCUUAUCGAUCCGUCGCUACUCCCAUGGCUUUCAAGUUAAUCGUUAACGACAUAAAGAUAUACUAUCGAUCCAUCGGUUAAAUCAGGCUGAAACUAUAGAUCGUGAAGACAAAUCCGUAUAUUACUAUGUCGUUUCAAUAAUCGUUUUGUAGUUAUUCUCCUGUAAUGCAGUUCUAGUGCGGUUCUGCCGCUUAAGGGAUCCACAUUUAUUACCUACGUUGUUUUGUGGGUUUUGUACACGAAUUUCUAAAUAAUGUAUGUUUUCUCUUGUAGUGUAAUUAAUGUGUUUUUAUAUAAUAUGUAGUUAAACAAAUUAAUGCUCUAUGAAUUUCACAUGUUUUAUAUCACAAAUUGCCGCAUUUUGGCGUGGAACGACGUAUAGCCCUUAGACGAGCGAGACCCAUGGCCAGAUGUUAGACGUGUAAAGGUGAAUACACGUUGGAAUUUUAUUACAUUUUGUUCGUAAUAUUAAAUUAUAGAAUAAUUAUUUACUUAUAGUUUAUUAGUUUACAGCAAAAAAACAUUGUAAAACAAUACAAAGUAUAAAGAAUAUCAACAAAGUACUAUAAGUUUCAUUUUGACAAGAAAUGGUGACCAUAAUGCUUUUGACGUCGUCAUUUUAAAUUUGUUAUUUUGCAACAUGGCGCGGGUUCAAAUUUAACUGGUUAACCCAAAUUAAUACAAGGAUUUU